AGAGAGAGCGCUACUUCAGUUUAGAGAUUUUACAGAACUGAGCGGGCAGACAGCGGUGUCCCCAGAAAUAAAAUAAUAAUUCGUUACCUUUAUUUUACCGUCUUCUGUCUGAAAAACAAGGACGUUGAAUCGUUGAACUUUCAGGGAUUGUGUGUUAUUUUUGUUCUGAGAGAGAGAGAGAGAGAGAGAGAGAGAGAGAGAGAGAGAGAGAGAGAGAGAGAGAGAGGGGGGCAUUGACUCAGCCGAUAAACACUCCCGGGGGUGAAACUUUCACCACAAGAGGGGAGAAACGAAGAAAAAUCACUGCGAGACACUUUCAUAUUGUGAAAGAGGCACAUCUGUAAGGACAGAAAGCUACACAUACCAAAGGAAGAGAGAAGGGGGACUGGUGAUUCCCGGAACGGCGAUGUGUGUGAGUCGUUUGUAGAGUUCGGGUUCGGUUCGGUUCAGAGUUUUACAUGGAUUUGCUGGAGUGGAGCCGCUAGAAUGGACGUGGUCGAUGAAACAGAAGCUUUGCAGAGAUUCUUUGAAGGUCACGAUAUCAACGGCGCUCUUGAGCCGGCGAACAUUGACACGAGCAUUCUGGAGGAGUACAUCAGCAAGGACGACUCGGCCGACAUCUGUUUCCCUGAGAUCCCUGCCAGCUAUUCGAACCCACAGCCAGGUGUGUCUGCAGGGGGUGUGUGUGUGGUGAGCAGUCCUCUGCCCAUCAGACAGGGGGCGCUGCUUCCCAAUCCCUGCCAGCCACCCUACCCUCCCCACCUGGGUCUGCUCAGCAAGGGCUACCCCUGCAUGGGCCCUGGGCCUCCCAUCAAGAGCGAAAGCAAGGGCCCCUACGCUCCUGGCACUUUACCUGAGUCCCCUCCCGAUUCCAGCUCGGAACCCUACUCCCCCCAGCAAGUGAAUGAUCAACACAUGCAUCGGACCAUGACCCCAGAGAACAUGUGUCACAUGACCCCUCCCACUCGUCUGGAGCACCAGGCCCCGCCCCCUCUCGGCCCCGCCCACAUGCAGGGCCCGCACCCCCACUAUCCCAGCAUGCCCCGGGACAUGUACAUGAAGGCGGAGCCGAUGAUGUCUCAGUAUUCGAUUGGCCCAGUGAUGGCGGCCGGGGAUAUUCAGCACAACCAGCAGGGCCAGAUGCUGCACCAGCUGCUACAACACCACCAGGGGGCACCAGAUGGGAUUCCUGUCCAUCAGGCAAAGAAGAGGAAGCACUCGGACUCACCCCCCAACACUCUUAACACUCAGAUACUCAACGGCAUGAUCAAGCAGGAGCCAGGGCUGAUGCAGGACAGCGACAGCUCCUACCUUGACCCCAACUACCAGUGCAUCAAGUGGCAGCCGCACCAGCAGAACAAAUGGGCUACGCUGUACGACGUGAACUGCAAAGAACUCCCCAUGCCCACGUACCGCGUCGACGCUGACAAGGGCUUCAACUUCUCGGUGCCUGAUGACUCCUUUGUGUGCCAGAAGAAGAAUCACUUCCAGGUCACCGUGUACAUUGGCAUGCUGGGAGAUCCCAAAUACGUGAAGACCAGCGAGGGGCUGAAAGCGAUCGAGUGCUUCUACCUGAAACUGAACGGGGUCAAGCUGGAAGCCAUGAACCAGACCAUCAACGUGGAGCAAUCCCAGUCCGACCGCAGCAAGAGGCCCUUCAAACCAGUGGUGUCACCCCUCUGUCUGUGUUGCAGGGUCACCCUCCCUCCUGAGCAGGUGACGAAGGUGACGGUGGGGCGGCUGCACUUCAGCGAGACGACAUCAAACAACAUGAGGAAGAAGGGCAAGCCCAACCCUGACCAGAGGUACUUCAUGCUGGUGGUAGCGCUGCAGGCCCAGUCUCAGAGUCAGAGCUACACUGUGACAGCGCAGGCAUCCGAGAGGAUCAUAGUGAGGGCCUCGAACCCGGGUCAGUUUGAGAGUGACAGUGACGUGCUCUGGCAGCGCGGUCAGCUCCCGGACACCGUGUUCCAUCACGGCCGUGUUGGGGUCAACACGGACCGGCCCGAUGAGGCUCUUGUCGUCCACGGCAACAUCAAGGUCAUGGGGUCACUCAUGCACCCCUCGGACAUCCGGACUAAGGAGAACGUGCAGGAGGUUGACACCACAGAGCAGCUCAAGCAUAUCUCCCAGAUGAGACUGGUCCACUACCAGUAUAGACCAGAAUUCGCUGCUACUGUGGGCAUCGACACCACUGCUGAGACAGGUGUGAUCGCGCAGGAAGUGCAGGAGAUUCUUCCCGACGCGGUGAAGGAGUCGGGCGACGUCGUGUUUGCGAACGGAGAGACCAUCGAGAACCUGCUGGUGGUGAACAAGGAUCGUAUCUUCAUGGAGAACGUAGGCGCGGUGAAGGAGCUCUGCAAGCUGACUGACAACCUGGAGACUCGAAUCGACGAGCUGGAGAGAUGGAGCAAGAAACUGGCCAAACUGAGGAGGCUGGACAGCAUGAAAUCAACUGUGAGCGGAGGAACUCUGAGCCAGUCAGGAAGUCAGUUUAGCCGGGCGGGAAGCGGGCCAUACAAGAAGAGGCCGCCCAAGGUGGGCAGCAAGAGUCCGAGCGUGUCCGAGCAGAGCUGUAUCAGCCACCGCUUCCUGCAGGGCACCAUCCUCGCACUGGUCAUCAUCAUGGCCUUCAGUGUCAUCUCCAUGUCCACGCUGUACGUGCUGACGCUGCACAACCGCAGUGAAAUCGACGCUGAAGGUUCGGUCGCCAUGGCUACCAUCUGCAUAGUGACCAUGUCCUGGAGGCAUGGUCUAAGUGCCACAGUCACACUCUGUCCACGGUCCGCUCCUGAUUUUGGCAAGUCCCGGCAGUCCACCUUUUCCCCGGACUUCCCUGGAACCACCCCCCCUUCGCAAGUCCCGCCCUCCCCUACUCUGUCAAAUCAGGACGUGUGCUGUUCCUCCAACCUUACCAUAACCAACCAAUCAGCAACCACCCUCUCCUUUAGCACUAACCAAUCCACUGCAGAUCCCAGUGCUCCCACCUCCACUGCUGGGAUGACCAAUAAGAAGGCUAAGUCCCGUCAGAGUGAGAAGGAGGGUCGGUUUCGGAGCCGGCUCACCCCCGCGCCGCCCCCUCACAGCACUCACAUCCAGGGCAAGUCCAAGAGACCGCCUGAGCUGGGGAGGGCAGCAAACACACUGCCGGGGGGCGGGCAAGACCUGCCCCUGCCCCUGCGCCAGCGCAGAGCAAAGACUGCCUGGCCGGACCCCGCUCUGAGCUCCCUGCGGAUUUUGGAGACAGACCAGCCAAUCACAGCGCAGCACUGCACCCUGCCUGAGUCAUGCAGCCCCGGUAACUACAGCUACACCGUCCUGCUGAGCAGCAACAGCACCGCGGGCCGAGUCGGACUCACCCUGGAGAUGAACUCCUCCUCUCCGCUGCUGGUGCUGCUGUGUGGGGUCAGCAGGGGGCGCCCCUGUGCCAAGAGCCUGGAUACACAGAGGGGCCUGGACAUGACCUCCACAAAGGGCAUGGCUCAUCGGUGGCCUCUAGAGGUUAUUCCAUUCCAUAACAUCGCGUAUCACUUCCGGGUCGCCAAGUCUCAGGAAGUGACCUGUGAAAGCAAGCACGUGGAGGCGGGACUACCCUUUGCCAACUACCACUUCCUGUUCCUGCAGGCGUGUGUCUGAAAGGGGAGUGUCUUACACCAGGUGCAUUGUGGGACAGAACCACUAUGUAUAUAUCUCCUUGCACUUCCUGUUUCCAGAGUGACCCCCACAGUAUCCUGUGCGGGGAGGGAGGGAGGGAGGGGGUCACCAUGCUGUACAUUAAAACAGCUUCAUUAUUGAGAGGUUCAAUCCAGCAGAGGACAAACCAGUUACAGGAGAUCCCUCCCCCUCCCCCUCCUCCUCCCCCCCUCCUCCUCCUCUACAAAACAACUUUGGCACUUGCUGUGUAUUUUUUUAAUUGUAUUUCUUGUCUCAUUUUAACUGACACUUUGUUUCAAGUGGCAUUAACUUCACUCUGUAAUCACACUGCAGCAACACACUGAUUACACUGUAAUUACACUGCAGCAACACACAGAUGACACUAUAAUUACACUGCAGCAACACACAGAUGACACUGUAAUUACACUGCAGCAACACACAGAUUACACUGUAAUUACACUGCAGCAACACACAGAUGACACUAAUCACACUGCAGCAACACACUGAUUACACUGUAAUUACACUGUAGUAACACACAGAUGACACUGUAAUCACACUGCAGUAACACGCAUUACGCUGUAGUUACAUUGUAGAAAUGCACUGUAAUUACACUGCAGCAACAAACAGAUUACACUGUAAUCACACUGCAGCAACACACAGAUUACACUGUAAUCACACUGCAGCAACACACAGAUUACACUGUAAUCAAACUGCAGCAACAGACAGAUUACACUGUAAUCACACUGCAGCAACAAACAGAUUACACUGUAAUCACACUGCAACAACACACAGAUUACACUGUAAUCACACUGCAGCAACACACAGAUUACACUGUAAUCACACUGCAGCAACACACAGAUUACACUGUAAUCACACUGCAGCAACACACAGAUUACACUGUAAUCACACUGCAGCAACACACAGAUUGCACUGUAAUCACACUGCAGCAACACACAGAUUACACUGUAAUCACACUGAAGCAACACACAGAUUGCACUGUAAUCACACUGCAACAACACACAGAUUACACUGUAAUCACACUGCAGCAACACACAGAUUGCACUGUAAUCACACUGCAGCAACACACAGAUGACACUAAUUACACUGCAGGAACACAAAGUGUAAUUAAAGAAAAGCCUGAUCAGUAAUGGGCCAAUUAUUUUUAUACAAAUUCUAUUUAUGUUACAAGCCGCCUUUCCUUUGCACCAAGUGAACAGCAGCAGAGUCUGACUGGCUUUCGAGGCUGCUGCAUGUGAACAGUGUGAUCAGAGUUAUAACAGUGCCACUGAAACACAAGUGUCCUGCUUCUACUUCUAUACUCCAGCACUUGUAUAAUAAUAAGGAUGGCUAACUGGAUUGUGAUUAGCAGUUACACUGGAUUGUACUGGUCUGAACUGGGUUUCAACACCACACGGAACUGACUUUGGACUACUGCUGGGAAUAGCAGAUAAAACACUGGACAUCUCGUAGCAACUGCACUGGAUAGGAAUCAUACUGGAGUCCAGAAUCACCUCAUGCAUAUUGAAAUCUAACAAGUGAUACACAGUGUAUGCAUAUUGAAAUACACACAUGCAAGCAUAAUUCACUGCACUGAAAUCCUGCUGUUAAUUCAAACAGAGCAUCUCAGAGUGUUGGUUUUAAUGUCUUUCUUAUUAGGACUGUGUCUCCUUACACUGCCCCGACGCUCAACUCCAAGCUAUGUGGAUAUGCUAAGUUUCCCAGGAGAUUAAGCUUGUAGAGUUUCUCAAUAAUAUAAUAAGAUAAAAAGAGGUGCCUCUAGUACAGGCUACUGCUGAUGAUUCAUCUCAAAGCAACACUGUCACUGGGCAGGUAUCCUCGCUCCAGUCAAUGCAUCUCAUACAGGUAGUUCUACACUGUGUUUAUUCAGACCAGGGCGGGUGUGAAGCACACCCCUCAUCUCAUACAGGUAGUUCUACACUGUGUUUAUUCAGACCAGGGCGGGUGUGAUGCACACCCUUCAUCUCAUACAGGCAGUUCUACACUGUGUUUAUUCAGACCAGGGCGGGUGUGAUGCACACCCCUCAUCUCAUACAGGCAGUUCUACACUGUGUUUAUUCAGACCAGGGCGGGUGUGAUGCACACCCCUCAUCUCAUACAGGCAGUUCUACACUGUGUUUAUUCAGACCAGGGCGGGUGUGAUGCACACCCCUCAUCUCAUACAGGCAGUUCUACACUGUGUUUAUUCAGACCAGGGCGGGUGUGAUGCACACCCCUCAUCUCAUACAGGCAGUUCUACACUGUGUUUAUUCAGACCAGGGCGGGUGUGAAGCACACCCCUCAUCUCAUACAGGCAGUUCUACACUGUGUUUAUUCAGACCAGGGCGGGUGUGAAGCACACCCCUCAUCUCAUACAGGCAGUUCUACACUGUGUUUAUUCAGACCAGGGCGGGUGUGAAGCACACCCCUCAUCUCAUACAGGCAGUUCUACACUGUGUUUAUUCAGACCAGGGCGGGUGUGAAGCACACGCCUCACUUCCUGUGCAUCACUUUAAACGUGUCUCACUUCCUGCACCGCCCAACAAAGAAGCAGCACUAUGCAAACUCACACACUGUGGACCAAAGGACUUAGAUAUUCCAAAAACAGAACGACCUUUAACCUCCCCAAACUGUGAGCUCCUGCUGGGCCAGGAUGCAGUCUGGUAGGGGUGGGGUUGGGGGUGCAAUAUCGCCUCUUUCACCCCCCACCCAACCGCGCCUCCCAAACAAAGUUAAAGACGUGUUCUUAUUGUUACACUGUGUUCUGAAGCUUUACUGUUACAAAACCAAACACUGGAAAGAGACCGGAGAGUCCAUGCUGACAGACAGAGCGUUCUGAGAGAAUGUUCCGAGACAGACAGAGUGUUCUGCGAGAAUGUUCCGAGACAGACAGAGCGUUCUGAGAGAAUGUUCCGAAACAGACAGAGCGUUCUGAGAGAAUGUUCCGAGAUAGACAGAGCGUUCUGAGAGAAUGUUCCGAAACAGACAGAGCGUUCUGAGAGAAUGUUCCGAGACAGAGCGUUCUGAGAGAAUGUUCCGAGUCAGACAGAGCGUUCUGAGAGAAUGUUCCGAGACAGACAGAGCGUUCUGAGAGAAUGUUCCGAGACAGACAGAGCGUUCUGAGAGAAUGUUCCGAGACAGACAGAGCGUUCUGAGAGAAUGUUCCGAGACAGACAGAGCGUUCUGAGAGAAUGUUCUGAGACACACCGAGCGUUCUGAGAGAAUGUUCCGAGACAGACAGACAAAGUGUUCUGGAAUGAGGUCACAGAGACAGGCUGCACUAAGAGGUGAUGCUACCUCGGUCACCCCGCUCCGUAGGGGCAGUGCUGUCUCUCGUGAAGGGAUGGAGGGCUUUACUCUCCAGCAGGGUCGAUCCCUCACUUUUUACAAGCACUACAUUGAAAUGUUUUACACUGUAUUUUUGGCAGAGCACAUAAAAGUAAAAAAUCGAAAAAAAUUCAAACAUCAAUUAAACUAAAUGUAUACACACUGACGUCACUUAUCAUAGUGGAAGGUAGACAGCACAUCUUCAGUGUAGGACUAUAAGUUAUAACUGCAAGAUUAUAAUUAUUUAGUGGUUUUUUUUUUUUUUUUGGUAAUGUAGGAAAAUGGCAUUCUACAGCUUUAUUUGUUGUUUUGUUUUUGUGUAAAUAUAAUGCGCCUAUAAGACACCCUGAAAUAGGAACUGUGCUGCGGAGAGCUGUGUGCUCAGUCUUUGUCGUGCCAAAUCUCACAGCCCAAACUAAUCUCACCAUUGGGAUUAACAAACAACACCCUGCUCCUUAGCCAUAGCGUGGGUGUGAGAGAGUGACAGUGUGUGAGAGAGAGCGAGAAUGAGAGCGAGUGUGAGACAGUGAUAGGGAGUGUGUGAGAGGGAGAGUGAGUGUGUGAGGGAAUGCGAGAGAGAGUGCGUGUGAGUGAUAGGGAGUGUGUGAGAGAGAGAGAGUGAUAGGGAGUGUGUGAGAGAGAGUGUGAGGGAAUGCGAGAGAGAGUGCGUGUGAGAGUGAUAGGGAGUGUGUGAGAGAGAGAGAGAGUGAUAGGGAGUGUGUGAGAGAGAGUGUGAGGGAAUGCGAGAGAGAGUGCAUGUGAGAGUGAUAGGGAGUGUGUGAGAGAGAGAGAGUGAUAGGGAGUGUGUGAGAGAGAGUGUGAGGGAAUGCGAGAGAGAGUGCGUGUGAGAGUGAUAGGGAGUGUGUGAGAGAGAGAGUGAUAGGGAGUGUGUGAGAGAGUGUGAGGGAAUGCGAGAGAGAGUGCGUGUGAGAGUGAUAGGGAGUGUGUGAGAGAGUGUGAGGGAAUGCGAGAGAGUGCGUGUGAGAGAGUGAGUGUGUGAGGGAGAGAGUGUGUGAGAGGGCGAGACAGAGAGAGGGAGUGUGUGAGAGGGAGCGAGUGUGUGUGCGAGGGUUUCUUUAAGCCAGACGGUGGGUGUGAGGGUGAGAGGGUUGGUAGAACACUACUCCUAACCCAGCGAGAGGGAGGCGAGUGUGAGCCCCAGACCCCUGUGUUGCUCACAGUUAAGAGUCCUGCAGUUUCAAUGCUUUCAGGACCCAGCCCUCCGAAUUGGGCAAAGUGCUUGACCAAAGCAGCAGAAACGAAAUCAGGGGCUUCAAGAAUAAAAACACAAGCUUGUUAAAAAAAAUAAAAACAUAACUUUUAUUAAAAUCUACUACAUGGAAAGUAAAGCUUAAAGCUGGUGUAAAUAUGUAUUGUACUGAUCUUGCUGUUGCAAUCUGAUUUUUAUUAUAAUUUUUUUUAAAUUUAAAUUCUUUGAAAUUUUACAAUCACUGAUUUGUAACCCUUUGUAUAUGACCACACACGUCGUUCUAUAUCUGAGCUCAGUGUCACCUGCCCUGUGCGGAGCUGUGUGAUGCUCUAACAGGUCUCUGUACCAUUAUUACUGUGUCGUUAUUAUUAUUAUUAUUACUGCUUUGCUAUUUAUUGUGCGGUUCUUUCACAGCUGAUUCGUUACUUUUCCCUGAAUUAUGGAAAUGAAAUCUCUGUAACUCUUUGCUGAAGCUUCUAUGCAUUGUUAACAUGUUUCUUGUUUACUUUUGUUUUUCUUAUUUUUUUAAUACAAUAUUCUUUAUUCUCA